CGGUUUGUUUGGAUUUUUUAUAUACAAAAUCUAUAAUGAGUAAAAAAAAUAACUUUGUUAAUGUCUCAAUACGAAUUAAACCAGCUUUAAACAAGAAUUUAUCGAAAUCUUCAUGUUUACAUGUUUUAAAAGAUAAUUUACCAGUUCUUAUAGUAUCAGAUAGACCCCAGACAUACGUGUUUGAUAAUAUAUUUACCGAAGAUGCAAAUCAAGAAAUAAUUUAUAAUAAUACUGUGAAGCCAUUAAUACAACAUGUAAAAAAUGGAUAUAACUGUACAAUAUUUACUUACGGGCAAACAGGGACAGGAAAAUCGUACACCAUGGGAACUUUUUCCCAGCCGAAUAGAGACGAAAACGAAGGAUUGAUACCAAGAACAUUAGCAUCUUUGUUUGAAGAAGAAAAUGAAUGUGAAAUAUCUGUUUCAUUUAUUGAAAUAUAUAAUGAGAAAGUAUAUGAUUUAUUAACUAAUAAUAAAUCUCCAUUAAUAGUUAAAGGAUUUAAAGUGUGUAAUUUUAAUAACCAAAGGGUUUUUACUCCACAAGAAGCAAUGCAUUUUUUAAAUAUGGGAAAUACCAAUCGACACACUGGAGAAACAAAACAAAACACAAAAAGUUCGAGAUCACACGCAAUAUUUACUAUACAUUGCAAUUCCUUUAAUGGAAUUAAUGCUAAAUUAAAUUUAGUAGAUUUAGCAGGAUGUGAAAGUGUUAAAAAAACUGGAACACAGGGAAAUUCUUUUUUUGAAGGGGUUAAUAUUAAUAAAGGAUUAUUAUCUAUUGGACAAGUAAUGUCUGCAUUAUCGUUAGAUGCGUCUUAUAUACCUUAUAGACAAAGCGUAUUAACAACGAUAUUGCAAGAUUCUUUAAAUAAAAGAAAUUAUGUCUCUCUUAUCUCCUGCGUUAGUUCGCUUCCAGAAGAUGUGAAUGAAACUGUACAAACACUGGAGUUUGCCUACAGAGUGAAAAAAAUAAAAAGCAAACCCAGAUCAAAUGAGCCAUUUUUACUAAACAAAAAUGAAAUUUCCUUUUCAAAAAGCUACACCCCCUUUAAAAGACCAUAUAUGACUUCUAAUUCGUUAGUGUCUACUAAAAAAAAUAGGUUUUGUGCUUCCCUUGGCACUAUUUCUGAUCAAUAUAAAAAUAGCACAAUUGAGAGUCCUAAAUCAGUAUCGUCCCUUUCCACAUCACCUAUAAUUUGUUAUCCUUCUCAGCAGUCUUUUAGUCCAGUAAUAAAAAAAUAUAUCAAUGCUAUGGAAUCUUCCAUCAUUACCAAACUAGGUAGUGUAAUUGAAAAAUCACUUCUAAAACCCAGAAGAUCAUCUAGAAAAAGCAUUAAAAUUAUUGAAAAAGAAAAUACUCCUAGUCCAAAGUAUUCUUGGAAUCAAAUACAGUCAGAAGUCACUAAAUUGGUCAAAACCGAAAUACAACAAUUUUCUGUUCAAUCCAUAAGAGCCACAAGUAGUCCCAUAAUUAACGAAACUACAUUAAAAAGAGUUUUGUCAUAUGAUAGUCCUGAUUUAAACAAAGACAUGGUUGAAAGUAAGGAAGUUAAUUAUAACGAAUUUAAAAUACCUUCUAUUCCUUUAAAAAAGAAAAAAUAUAAUGAGAUUUCUAUGAACCCUAGAAGAAGCCUUCGAUUGUCUUUAAAAGAUUGUUCCAAUACUAUUGAUAGUUUUGUUGAAACUAGUUCAAAAAGCCCUGUGAAGAAAAAUAGACGUAGUAUUAGGUUAACUGAAAAGCAAGAGAAAACCCAAAUAUUUAUUAAUGAAAAUUCAAAAAUUAAUAUUAUUAAUAUAAGCAACACAUCCAAAACACCAAGGACUAAGAGCAAAUUAAAGAGAAAAACUUGUAGUCCUUUGACUGCUCAUAAUAAACAUGUAUUAAAUAUUUUAAAUAAAGGAUCUUUGAAACAAUUAGAAGGGCUACAUUCAGUAGGGAUUAAAACAGCUCAACAAAUUCUCCUAUAUAGAAAUCUUAAAGGAUCAUUUUUUAAAAUAGAAGACCUUAAUCAAAUACCUGGAUGGAGUGAAAAGAAAGUGAAAAAUUUUAUGGUGCAGAACUUCAUAAUAUAACUUUAAAUUAAAAUAACUUUUUUGUUUUUAAAAAUAAUUUAUGUAAUAUCAUAAUUAAAGUUGUCCUUUUUUAAUUGACUAGAUCCGAAAAAAAUUGACGAAGCCGCUCCAUGGCUUCUUAUUGCAUUAACUAAGUCUAAUUCUUGUCUCUAUUAAAAGCUCAUCUGACGACGAAGAGAAGGUUCUAGAAAGUUGUUUAUCAUUUGCAGGUAGCGUUCUGAAUUUACGGUUACCGCCCGUCAUCGGCCGAUAAUUCCGUUGACAGAGCCGUCGAAAACCUUAAAUUUAGUUUACGUAACCCUGGUGGUAAAAUGCGCUUCUUUGAUUAAGCUAAUGAGGAAUUUUAGAUUUCGCUUGAUUGUGACUCACAAUUUGUGUUGUUGCCUUUUAUAAAUAAUUUCCCAAAGACAAUUUUUUUUUUAAAUUAACAAAUUAUUUAAAAAAAUAAAAAAUAUAUUUUAAUUUAAACCCGUAAAAUUUCCACUGGAUAACCUGUAUUUUAAUUAGAGUAUAAUGUAAGACUUUAUUUUAUAUAAUACAAGUGAUUUUACACCAUCCUAAAGUAAUGGAUCUUGUUUGUAAUAAAGUAUUGUAUUGUAUAUUGACAUUUUUUUAAUUAAAAAAAAAUUGAUUUCC